AGCGGCCCCGGGGCUCCCCCAGCGCCCCCCGGCACCCCAAAACCCCCCCGGGCACCGCCUCUCCGCUCCCGUCCCGUCCCACCGGGGGCUCCAUGCGAGCCGAGCCCCGAUGGCCGCGGUCCCGAGCGCCGGGAACAAGCGCAAACCGGAGGAUGCGGGACCAGGAUCGGGAUCGGCCGCGUCCAGCGGCGCCACCUCGGACGAUGAGAUCGCCACGAGCGACAGCGGCGACAGCUGCGACAGCGGCGGCAGCUCCGGCAGCGCCGGGCCUCCAUCCAUCCUGCGGCGAUCCCGGGCACGCCGAGGUGGGAAGCGCGUGCGCUUCGCUCAGGUCACCGUUUACUACUUUGCCCGGCGCCAGGGCUUCACCUGCGUGCCCAGCGCCGGCGGCAGCUCCCUGGGCAUGGCCCCGCGGCACCACCGCGCCCGCAGGUACAGCCUCAGCCAGUUCGCUCACCUGCGCCAGGUGAGCCACCGGCAGCACCUGCGGCAGCACCUGCGCAGGGAGAAACUGCGCGCCAGGAGGAGGGAGCUGACCCAGAAUGGGACGGUGCCAUCGGCCGAGGCGGCGGGGCUGACCUUGGCCGACGUGUCCGACGACGACCUGGACGUGGGGCAGGUGGAGGUGGGCGAUUACUUCUACCUGCAGCCGCUGCCCACCAAGCGGCGCCGGGCGCUGCUGCGCGCCUCAGGUGUGCGCAGGAUCGACGCCGAGGAGCGGCAGGAGCUGCGGGCGCUGCGCCUGUCCCGCGAGCAGUGCGGCUGCCUGUGCCGCCUCACCUGCGAGCCGCGCACCUGCGCCUGCAGCCAGGCCGGCAUCCAGUGCCAGGUGGACCGCACAUCGUUCCCGUGCGGCUGCUCCCGGGACGGCUGCGGGAACGUGGCCGGGCGGAUCGAGUUCAACCCGCUGCGCGUCCGCACCCACUUCCUGCACACCCUGAUGAAGCUGGAGCUGGAGAACCGGCGGGAGGAAGAGGAGGAAGAGGAGGGAGCUGCCGCCCUGCCUGCCCCCACCUGGCCCCCCACACAGCCCCCCGAAACUCAGGACUUCCAGGAGUACCUGGCGGAGAACGAGCGGGCGGUGCUGCACCUGCAGACGGCCGAGGAGCUGGAGAGGCUGAAGGCUGAGGAAGACUCUGGAAGCGGUUCUGGGGGAGAAGGGGGCGGGCUCUGCGUCCUGGGGGAGCACCUGGAUGACACCUGGCAGGUGAAACCUCCCCCGUGCCCUGGGCUGGGCUCCACCAUCCUCAUCCCGGCCCAGUUCCCGCUGGAGUCUCCCGUGCUGUGCUACCCCUCGGGGCAGCCGGCCCAGGUGGGCUCCCAGCCUUACCUGGCCGAUGCUCCUGGGCUCUUCUGCCAGGUGGAGCCACAGGCAGGUGCCAAGGGUGGCAGUGGGCACGUGGAGCAUCCAGCUCCAGCUCCCAGCCCCCCUGUCCCUGCUGCUGUGAGCAAGGGAGGAGCACCCCAAAAUCUCCCAGAGCACCUGGAGCACCCCCACCUGCCCAUAUGAGUGGCCUCAGGCCCUCUGGCUCCAUUAUUUAUUCCAUGGAUUGAUUAUUUAAUUGGUGGGGGUGGCUCUGGACAGAGGGUGUCCCUGGCCCAGGGCCAGGAGUCCUUCACUCACCUGGUUGGGGUCACCUGUGCCAGGACUCAGCUGAGCUGCAGCCUCUCAGAUCCCUCCUGUUCUCCAUCCCACCUGGCAGAGAUUACCUGUGCCAGGACUCACCUGAGCUGGAGCGUCCUGGAUCCCAUGGCUGCCUCCACUUUCCUUGUUUUUAAGGGAAAAGCCCUUUUUUCCCUAAUUCCUGUUUGUUUAAUGAAUGUUUCACCUGGGCCUCCCGUCCCACCUCAUCCAGACCAUGCUCCCACUCACCUGCAGCUGGGAUGGAUUUGGAAACACCUGGAACUGGCACAAGAGAGCCAAGAGUCCCCAAACUCACCUGGAAAAUUUUGGGGGUUGAACCAACUUCCUCACUGGCUCCUCCAUCACCUGAACUGAUCCUGGUACCUGCAGGAACCUCCUGAGAUGUUCAUGGCUGGCUCCUCCAUCACCUGAACUGAUCCUGGUACCUGCAGGAACCUCCUGAGAUGUUCAUGGGAGGUGCCUCCAGCAGCUGCCCCUCCAAGGACCAGGAUUUGGGAUGUGAGGGUGCAGGAGUGUCCCUGUCCCCUACCUGUGAUCCUGACCCACCUCAGGUGGGCUCUGGGCAUCCAGCUGCCUCCUUGCCCAUGCCAGGUGAGCCUCACCUGGCUGUGUUUCCCAAAGAACCUGUUCCUGCCGUUCCAGCCCUCAGGAUCCAUCCCACCAUGCCAGCAGGAUCCCUCAGGUGUGCUCAGGUGUGCUCAGGUGUCUGGCUCCUGGUGUCCCCCGUGGAUUUGCUGUUCCUGGUGAACUUCCUGGAGCACCUGCAACUCCCUGUGCUGCUCCUCAGGUGCUUCCUGCUCACCUGUGCUCCUUCAUCUCCACUGGCAUCAAACUGGUCAGACUGGGAUGGAUUCAGCUUCUCCAGACUCACCUGGGCCCUGCAGCCCUUCCUUGGACUGGGAUUCAUGGAAAACCCACCUGUGCUCCGGACCUUCCUGUGGCUCUGGGAUCUGUCUUGGGAUGAAACUUCUCAUUUUUGGGGCUUUUCCCUCUUUUUUUUGGCUUCAGCCAGGUGAGACCAACCAGGACCAAGAGCAAUUCCAGCCUGAGAAGAGGCAGGAGUGGGGGAAAAUCGGGAUGUGGGGUGGGGUCUGUGCCCCAAAUCUGCAUUCUGCUCACCUGGACCCUGCAGACUGUGGGAUCUGCUCACCUGGAGCUGCUCACCUGGUGGGAUCUGAGCCCCUGGAGCUGCUCACCUGUCCUGGUCUGUGCCUUCAGGACCUGCUCACCUGGAUGCUCCCAGACCCCGGCGUCGCAGGGACCCAAAUCCCCCAAUCCAGCUGCUGCCACCCCGUUAUUUUCCUGAAUUUUUGAUUUCACCAUUGGCUUUUCCCACAGUUUUCCCACACUGGGGUCUGACCCCCUCCACUUUUGGGGGUUGAGAGUCCCCUGGUGCUCCUGGGGGUCACCUGUCCUCUGGUGGGGGGCAGUUUAAGCGGGCUCAAAGUGGGAUUUUUAGUGGUUUUGGGGGCGUUGAGGGAGUUUUUUGAGUUGAAAAGGGUUCAGAGGGGUUUUUAUGGGGUUUAGGGGUUCAGGAGAGUUUUAAAAAGGGGUUUAAGGGGGCUCAGAGGGGUUUUUGGGGGAUUCAGGGAGGUUCAAAGUGGGGUUUUUAGGGGUUAUGGGGUGUUUUGGGGUUCAGAGGGGGUUUUUGUGGGUUUUAGUCAUUCAGACAGGUUUAAGGGGGCUCAGAGGGGUUUUUGGGGGAUUCAGGGAAGUUCAAAGUGGGGUUUUUAGGGGUUACGGGGUGUUUUGGGUUUAAGAGGGGUUUUUUUGUGGGUUUUAGUCAUUCAGACAGGUUUAAGGGGGCUCAGAGGGUUUUUUGGGGGAUUCAGGGAGGUUCAAAGUGGGGUUUUUAAGGGUUGUGGGGUGUUUUGGGGUUCAGAGGGGGUUUUUGUGGGUUUUAAGGGGGUUUAAGGGGGCUAGAAGGGGUUCAGCUGGAUCUAAAGGGGUUUAUAAAGGUUUUUAAGGGUCUUUUUGGGAGAUCAAGGGCGUUCAGAGGAGUUUAAGGGGCUUUAAGAGGGGAUUCAAGGGAGUUCAACAGGGUUUAAGGGUGUCAAAGGGAUUUUUUAGGCUUUUGAAAAGAGGUUUAAGGGGGGUUUAAAAAGCUUUAGGUGAGUUCAGAGGAGUCUAAAGGGGCUCAGGUGGGGUUUAAGUUGGUUUAAAGGGCUUUUUUAGAUGCUCAAAAGGGGAUUUAAGUGAGUUCAGAAGAUUUAAGGGGGUUUAAAAGGGGAUUCAGGGGCCUUAAAUGGGUUCCAAGUUGUUUGGGGGGGCUCAGAGGAGGGGUGUAAGGGGUUAAAAAGGGGGUUCAGAGAGGCAUUUGGGGGUUUUUAGGAGUUCAGGGAGGGAUUGAAUGGUGUUCAGAGGUUUUUUUGGGGGUUCAAAAGAGAUUUCAACAUGUUUGGCAGAGUCAGAGGGGGUUAAGGGGGUUCCAGGGGUUAUUUUUGGGGUUCAGAAGGGGGGUUUUAUCCCAUUUCACCCAAACCCCGCCAGAAUUCCCAAAUUUAUCCCAUUUCACCCAAACCACGGAAUUCCCAAAUUUAUCCCAUUUCACCCAAACCCCGCCAGAAUUCCCAAAUUUAUCCAUUUCACCCAAACCACGGAAUUCCCAAAUUUAUCCCAUUUCACCCAAACCCCG